CCAAGGACUAAGCGGUCUCUAAUGAAUAGGCAAGACCAACCUCCGCUCCCACAGAAAAGAAAUGCUCAUCUGAAACCCAUCACCUUUUCAGAGUCUUCAGAGUAACAAGGAUUGAAAAGAACACAAGACAUAAACUGGUCUCCAGUGCCUCUGGCCUUCCUGUUAAGAGCAAAGAGUGUAUGAAGACUCUUCAACUAUGUCAGAGACUUCCUCUCAUGACUCCUUCUAUGAUUCCCUAUCAGACAUGCAGGAAGAAAGCAAGAAUGCUGACUUCUUCCCUGGGUUAUCUGCUUUCCUCAGCCAGGAAGAGAUAAACAAGAGUCUUGACCUGGCCCGGAGAUCUAUAGCCAACUCUGAAACAGAAGAUUUUGACUCAGAAAAGGAGAUCUCGCAGAUUUUCAAUACCUCUCCUAUAAGCCUCUGUGAAAAUCCUUCCCGGAAGGAGACCAAAUUUGGUGAGCCAACCUCCCCGGGAAGACCUCAUGAUAAUAGGCCAACAUCUGUCCAGCCUCUGCCUGAACAAGCUGCCUCUGUCUCUUCACCUGCUUCCAAGAGGAAACCUGCUAUCUCACCCCUGCUUGCCAGCCCCAGCUACAUCCGGAGUCUCCGAAAGUCUGGAAAACGUGGUGCAAAAACUCCCAACACAAGUGUAAAGCCCAAACCAGCAUAUCAAAGUAAGACCGGCCCCCAGAGCCAGCUAUGUGACAAGGCGGCUAAUUUCAUUGAGGAGCUGACAUCCAUAUUUAGAGAAGCAGCAAAGCCAAGAAAUAGAAGCCCAAAUGGAGAGUCCUCGUCACCAGACAGUGGCUACCUGUCUCCUAAGAAUCAGCCAUCAGCCCUGAGGAGUGCCUCAGCCAGCCAGAGCCCCACUGGAGACCAACAGGAGGCGGAAGCAGAGGUUAAGUUAGCCGAAGCCGGGCAUGGCUACCAGGCAGUCCAGGACAAGGCAGUGCCAUGCCCAAACAUCUCUCACCCACAGCCCCAGAAAGCACUCCAUUUGCCCUCAGCUCCACGAUUCAUCCAGAAGCUUAGGAGCCAAGAAGUGGCAGAAGGAAGUAAAGUUUACUUGGAGUGUAGAGUCACCGGAAACCCAACUCCUCGAGUCAGAUGGUUCUGUGAGGGGAAGGAGCUGCAUCACACUCCCGACAUUCAGAUCCGCAGUGAGGGCGAGGACCUCCACACCCUGAUCAUAGCAGAGGCCUUUGAGGACGACACAGGUCGCUAUACCUGUCUGGCUACAAACCCCAGCGGCUCAGACACCACAUCUGCGGAGGUGUUCAUUGAAGGUGCCAGUUCAACAGAUUCUGAGAGUGAAAGUUUAGCUUUCAAAUCAAAACCUGGAGCCAUGCCACAAGCUCAAAAGAAAACAACUUCUGUUUCCUUGACAAUAGGAUCGUCAUCUCCAAAGACAGGAGUGACCACAGCUGUGAUUCAGCCAUUAUCUGUCCCUGUUCAACAGGUUCACAGUCCAACCUCGUAUCUCUGCCGACCUGAUGGAACCACUCCUGCCUACUUUCCUCCUAUUUUUACAAAGGAACUGCAGAACACAGCUGCCUCGGAGGGGCAGGUGGUGGUCCUGGAGUGCCGGGUCCGAGGAGCGCCCCCUUUGCAGGUCAAGUGGUUCCGACAAGGGAGUGAAAUCCAAGACUCCCCAGACUUCAGAAUUCUACAGAAAAAACCUAGAUCUACAGCUGAACCUGAGGAGAUCUGUACCCUGGUUAUCGCUGAGACUUUUCCUGAAGAUGCAGGGAUUUUUACGUGCUCGGCAAGAAAUGAUUACGGCUCAGUAACCAGCACAGCCCAGCUGGUUGUCACCUCAGCCAACACUGAAAACUGCAACUAUGACUCAGUGGGAGAAUCCAGCAGUGAUCACUUCCAGCACUUUCCACCUCCCCCUCCCAUCUUGGAGACAAGUUCCUUUGAGUUGGCUUCAAAGAAGCCAUCCCAGAUCCAGCAGGUGAACAGCCCGGAGUUAGGACUUAACAUGGCAGCCCUUCAAAUGCCGUUCAGUUCUGCUGAGAGGGAGACAAAUGGAGUCCAUCCCGGCCAUGGAGUAAAUGGACUGAUUAACGGCAAAGCUAGCAGUAAUAAAUCUCUGCCAACACCAGCUGUCCUCCUUUCACCCACUAAGGAGCCACCACCUCUGCUUGCCAAACCCAAACUGUGA